AUGUCAGAAGCCAAAAAUGGUUCUCAGAGGCUUACGCUUUUCAAAGUCAUCAAGGAGAUAUUUAAUUGGUACCCGUCUGAGUAUCCGGCCGAGGAGAGAAAGCUUCUUUUCAAACUCGACUUGUCGAUCCUCGUUUUUGCAUGCCUAUGCUUUUUCUGCAAAUACCUUGAUCAAACGAAUAUUAGUAAUGCGUACACUAGCGGACUGAAAGAAGAGUUUGGUCUAUACGGCAAUGAGUUGAAUUAUUUCAAUGUUUGUUACUAUACGGCAUACGUAUUCUUUCAAAUUCCUUUUCUCUUACUCAUUUCAAGGCCCAAAUUAGCUCGAUGGCUAUUGCCCUCUCUAGAAGUAGUUUGGGGUAUAGCGACCUUCGCACAGAGCCGGGCUACGAAUGUGACGCAGUUGUAUGUGGCGCGCUUCUUUGUGGGCGCGCUUGAGGCGCCUGUUUUCGCGGGAACCCAUUUCAUUCUCGGAUCUUGGUAUAGCGGUCCAGAGCUGUUCAAGAGAGCUGGCAUGUGGUUCGUCUGUAAUCCUCUGGGGUCCAUGAUCAGUGGAUACCUUCAGGCGGCUGCCUACACGCACUUGUCUGGGGUGGGUGGAAUGCCAGGUUGGCGGUGGCUAUUUAUCAUUGAUGGUAUCAUCACGAUCCCUGUGGCACUGUCAGGUUUUCUUCUUUUCCCUGGUAUUCCGGAUUCCCCAAGAGCCUUUUUCUUAACCGAGUCUGAAAUCGAUCUUGCAAAGAAGAGAUUAGAGAGAGCAAAAGUUACGCGGGCGGGCAAACUAGACCUAGAUGUCUUCAAACGGAGCUUACGAAGAUGGCAUAUCUGGCUGUUCGUUUUCUGUUACAUAUGUAUGAUCAUCUCGGCAUACCCGGCAAGUUACAUGAAUCUGUGGCUCAAGGCGGAGGGAUAUUCUGUCGUAAACAUCAACCAGCUGCCGACUGUCAUCAACGCAAUUACUAUCGUUACGUCAUGGCUUGGCACGACUUUGGCAGCUAUAUACCCCUCAUGGAUUAUCUAUACGAUAGCCUCAUGCACGGUUGUGUUCUCGUCGAUAUGCAUGACCAUCUGGAAUUUACCGACAGCGCUGAAGUUCGUGGCAUGGUAUUUAUAUGGAUUCCAAGGGUGCCUGUCCCCUAUUCUGUACUCGACUGUGAAUACAAUUGUGAAGAACGAUUCUGAAGAACGAGCUUUGAUCAUGGGCUCCAUGAUGACCGUUGGAUAUUCUUUCAACAUCUGGGUGCCGCUGCUACUAUACCCAACGGCGGGACCAAACGGAGCGCCGCGAUGGCGCGUUGGAUGGCCCGUUUCGCUUGUCUUCUACGUUCUAUUGUGGGCUGGAUUCAUCACUGCGAUAGUCCUUUACAAACGACGGUAA